AUAAUUUAAUGGGGGCAGAGACGGCAGCGAGGGGGAGAGCGAGCGAGGGAGAGAGAGAGAGAAACGGCCCCGUCCGGGGACUCGCGCUCACACGCACGCACACACACACAAACACACACACACACCUCUCCCUGUGCCACCCAGCAACAACCGGCCUCGUCACAACAACAACAGCAACAGCCACCCUCUAGCCCGCCCGGAGACCGAGCCUAAAGCCGGGGCGACUCCAGAGGACGCUCUCCACCCCCCUCUUUCGUUUCGGGAAACUCCUAAUCAGUUUUGCCGGGGUUUCUGGGUUUCUUUUUUCCCCAAGUCCUAGUGCCAUUGUGGUGCUCGUUGUUUACCUCGGACUCUGGCGGAGUGAGAGCUUGGCGACUUUGGGGGGGAGGGGGCGGGGAGUUUGUCGCUGCCUAGGCGGUGGAGGUGGCUGGGGGUGCCUUCUGCUCUUCUUCCUCCUCCCCCUCCCCCCCAAUUCCUCUUUCUCUCCCUCACUCACUGGGACCCUAGACGCUCACAGCCCCGUGUCAAUGGAAAGGGAGAGGGUCCUCGGGGCUGUCGUCAGUAAGGACGGAAUCAAAAGUGGCAUUUUAGUGCCUUUCCGAGGCUUUUUUCGCGACUCUCUGCCCCCAACUCUCGCUGUCCCUCAGUAGAUGCCCUCGUUAGGGGUGCCAGGCUGUGGGGAAAAGUUUAAGGUUUGUUAAUAUUAGUCGCAGUGGUCGGGGAGGCGGUGGGAGUGAUUGGAAGGGAGGCGAGGUGGCCUUCCCCUCGCUGCGUUCUCCGGGGUUAUUGGAGAAUAAUAUUGCAAGUGACAGCCAGAAGUAGACUUUCUGUCCUCACACCGAAGAACCCGAGCGAGCAGCAGGAGGGAGGGAGCCUAGCGGACCUUUUCAUUUCCUUUUUGGAGACCUUGUCCGCAGUGAUUUUUUUUUUCUUUUAAAGAGAAUCCUCAGUCACCACCUCGCCUCCCCAGCACCACCACAGUGUACAGCUCAUAACGGGUUUUGCUUUGUUUUUACGAUUUGCCCCCCCCCCACCGAAUCACUUGUCAGAUCAAUUUUAUCUUCUUCCUCCUCUCGGCUUCCCACUCCUCCCUCCUCCCCAUUGAAAACCCCGUUCUCUGAGGUUAGACAUUUUACAAACCCCAUAUAUAUUAUUUUUCGAAUUGUGAUUUUUUUUUUAAACCCCUCUCUCAUGGCUACCCUUCUAGAUGUGUAUUUCUGCCCUUCCCCCGCUUAGGGGGGCGGGGGUAGGGGAAGGGAAAAUAAUACAAUUUCAGGGGAAGUCGCCUUCAGGUCUGCUGCCUUUUUUUUUUUUUUAAAUUAAAAAAAAAAAAGGACAUAGAAAACAUCAGUCUUGAACUUCUCUUCAAGAACCGGGCUGCAAAGGAAAUCUCCUUUGUUUUUGUUAUUUAUAUGCUGUCAAGUUUUGAAGUGGUGAUCUUUAGACAGUGACUGAGUAUGGAUCAUUUGAACGAGGCAACUCAGGGGAAAGAACAUUCAGAAAUGUCUAACAAUGUGAGCGAUCCAAAGGGUCCACCAGCCAAGAUUGCCCGCCUGGAGCAGAACGGAAGCCCGCUAGGAAGAGGAAGGCUUGGGAGUACAGGUGCAAAAAUGCAGGGAGUGCCUUUAAAACACUCGGGCCAUCUGAUGAAAACCAACCUUAGGAAAGGAACCAUGCUACCAGUUUUCUGUGUGGUAGAACAUUAUGAAAACGCCAUUGAGUAUGAUUGCAAGGAGGAACAUGCGGAGUUUGUGUUGGUGAGAAAGGAUAUGCUUUUCAACCAGCUGAUAGAAAUGGCAUUGCUGUCUCUAGGUUAUUCACACAGCUCUGCUGCCCAGGCCAAAGGGCUAAUCCAGGUUGGAAAGUGGAAUCCAGUUCCACUGUCUUAUGUGACAGAUGCCCCUGAUGCUACAGUAGCAGAUAUGCUUCAAGACGUAUAUCAUGUGGUCACAUUGAAAAUUCAGUUACACAGUUGCCCCAAACUAGAAGACUUGCCUCCCGAACAAUGGUCGCACACCACAGUGAGGAAUGCUCUGAAGGACUUACUGAAAGAUAUGAAUCAGAGUUCAUUGGCCAAGGAGUGCCCCCUUUCACAGAGUAUGAUCUCUUCCAUCGUGAACAGCACUUACUAUGCAAAUGUCUCAGCAGCAAAAUGUCAAGAAUUUGGAAGGUGGUACAAACAUUUCAAGAAGACAAAAGAUAUGAUGGUUGAAAUGGAUAGUCUUUCUGAACUAUCCCAGCAAGGUGCCAACCAUGUCAAUUUUGGCCAGCAGCCGGUCCCAGGGAACACAGCUGAGCAGCCUCCGUCCCCCGCACAGCUCUCUCACGGCAGUCAGUCCUCUGUCCGGACCCCUCUUCCGAACCUGCACCCUGGGCUUGUGUCAACGCCUAUCAGUCCUCAAUUGGUCAACCAGCAGCUGGUGAUGGCUCAGCUGCUGAACCAGCAGUAUGCAGUGAAUAGACUUUUAGCCCAGCAGUCCUUAAACCAACAAUACUUGAACCACCCUCCCCCUGUCAGUAGAUCUAUGAAUAAGCCUUUGGAGCAACAGGUUUCAACCAACACAGAGGUGUCUUCCGAAAUCUACCAGUGGGUACGUGAUGAACUGAAACGAGCAGGAAUCUCCCAGGCAGUAUUUGCACGUGUGGCUUUUAACAGAACUCAGGGCUUGCUUUCAGAAAUCCUUCGAAAGGAAGAGGACCCCAAGACUGCAUCCCAGUCUUUGCUGGUAAACCUUCGGGCUAUGCAGAAUUUCUUGCAGUUACCAGAAGCUGAAAGAGACCGAAUAUACCAGGACGAAAGGGAAAGGAGCUUGAACGCGGCCUCAGCCAUGGGACCUGCCCCCCUGAUAAGCACACCGCCCAGCCGCCCUCCCCAGGUGAAAACAGCUACUAUUGCCACUGAGAGGAAUGGGAAACCAGAGAACAAUACCAUGAACAUUAAUGCUUCCAUUUAUGAUGAGAUUCAGCAGGAAAUGAAGCGUGCUAAAGUGUCCCAGGCACUGUUUGCAAAGGUUGCGGCAACCAAAAGCCAGGGAUGGUUGUGCGAGCUGUUACGCUGGAAAGAAGAUCCUUCUCCAGAAAACAGGACCCUGUGGGAGAACCUCUCCAUGAUCCGAAGGUUCCUCAGUCUUCCUCAGCCAGAACGUGAUGCCAUUUAUGAACAGGAGAGCAACGCGGUGCAUCACCAUGGCGACAGGCCGCCCCAUAUUAUCCAUGUUCCAGCAGAGCAGAUUCAGAGCCCCUCUCCCACCACCCUUGGGAAAGGAGAGUCUAGAGGAGUUUUCUUGCCAGGCCUGCCGACCCCUGCACCAUGGCUCGGUGCUGCUCCUCAGCAGCAGCAGCAGCAGCAACAGCAGCAGCAGCAGCAGCAGCAGCAGCAGGUGCCUCCCCCUCCGCAGCCGCAGCCACAGCCCCAGGCCGGCCCCCGCCUCCCCCCACGGCAGCCCACCGUGGCCUCGUCCGCAGAGUCAGACGACGAGAACCGGCAGAAGACCCGGCCACGAACAAAAAUUUCCGUGGAAGCCCUGGGAAUCCUUCAGAGUUUCAUACAAGACGUGGGCCUGUAUCCGGAUGAAGAGGCCAUCCAGACUCUGUCCGCCCAGCUUGACCUUCCCAAGUACACCAUCAUCAAGUUCUUUCAGAACCAGCGGUAUUAUCUCAAGCACCAUGGCAAACUGAAGGACAAUUCUGGUCUAGAGGUGGAUGUGGCAGAGUACAAAGAAGAGGAAUUGCUUAAGGAUUUAGAGGAGAGUGUCCAAGAUAAAAAUGCUAACACCCUUUUUUCAGUGAAACUAGAAGAGGAGCUAUCGGUGGAAGGAAAUACAGACAUUAACGCGGAUUUGAAAGACUGAGAUAAAAGUAUUAUUUUCACUCAACAGUGCCACUGGUAUUUGGUAACAAAAUGAAAAGUCCACCUUGUAUUCUCUCAGAAGACCUUUGUCAUUCAUUGUUUGGCCAAUGAAUCUUCAGAAACUUGCACAAACAGAAAAGUUGGGAAAGGAUAAUACAGACUGCACUAAAUGUUUUACUCUGUUUUACAAACUGCUUGGCAGCCCCAGGUGAAGCAUUGAGGAUUGUUUGGUAUUAAAAUUUGUGUUCACGGGACACACCAAGGUGUGUACCCCGUAAGCAUGAAACCAGUGAUUUUUUUUUAAUUAUUAUUAUUCUGGAGCCUCAAACAAGCAUUAUAACUUCUGUGAUUAUGAUUUCCUCUCCUUUAAUUAUUUCUGUAGCACUCCACACUGAUCUUUGGAAACUCGCCCCUUAUUUUAAAAAAAACAAAAGAAUAAAAGAGUUUGUUACUCUAUUGUAUGUUACAAAAGAACUAUAGACUGUGGAAUGCAGUUUAAAGAUGACAUAUGCCAACAAAUGCCUUGUAUUAUAUGGCACUGCCGUAAUUCAAAUUUGUUUUUAUUUUGGAAAUAAAAGUUCACUGUAAUUUUUUUUCA